GCCUAGAAUACUACAUUGUGUAUCUGAAAGAAAGGGAACCUACAAAAAUGUUCUAACCUUCAGACUGAGGUAAACUUAAGGCUGAGUGCUUUCUACAUUCUGCCACAGGACGUAUGAUUUCUGUCCUGUAGCUUUAUGGAGGAUUGAAGUGGAGCAUCAUUAGUGGAGCUCAGUUGCUGCCUGACUGGACAUCACAGCAAAGACUUUGGCAAUCUUUUCCAGUUAAAACAGUAAUGACUGUUUUGGAAUGCAAUCUCAGCAAAGCAUGUUUUCUGUGUAGCCUGAAAGAAUACCUAGCUACCAUCAGCAGUUCUGCAGAGGCCUUCUAAAAAGCACUGUACCUGAACAAUUGAGUGACUCUGAGUUGGUCAGGGGGAAUUUUAACAAUUGUACAUAUCAGUCCACUUUCUGGAAGAUUCAAUUACUGCUGCUCAGAGCUGCUGCUGAAAUAUCAUGUCCAAGACCUCAGAAUUCAUCAAUCUCUCAUUUUUAUUAGAUCAUGAAAAGGAAAUGAUCCUGGGAGUCCUUAAGAGAGAUGAAUAUCUGAAAAAAGUGGAGGAAAAGAGAAUAAGAAAGCUGAAAAAUGAACUGUUAGAAGCAAAACGUAAAAGUGGGAAGACCCAGCAGGAGACCAGCCGAGUCUGUGUUCACUGCCAGAGAGAACUGGGCCUAAUCUUUGACCGAGGAGACCCGUGCCCCGCCUGCUCACUGAGGGUGUGCAGUGAGUGUCGGGUCGUGAGCCCGGAUGGCACCUGGAAGUGCGUUGUGUGUGCCAAAGUCGCGCAGCUAAGGAUUAUAACUGGUGAAUGGUUUUAUGAAGAAAAGGCAAAGCGUUUCAAGCAAGUCAAUGUUCUGGGCACUGAUGUUAUCCGGCAGUCAAUCUUAAGAAGAAGUCCAGGAUCUGAAGAAGUACGAAGCCAAGAGCAAACCCGCCAGUAUGGAGAAAAAUCAGACACUUCGCCUUCUGUUGGGCAGAAGGCCAGCCACGAUGGUCCCAAGAGAAAAGGAUUUCUUCUUAGUAAGUUCAGAUCAGCAACCAGAGGAGAAAUUAUAACUACAAAACCUGAAAGUGGGCGGAGCUACAGCUUGGAUUUAGACAGUCAGAAUUUUCGGAGUUUAAAGUCAACUGCUGGUUCAGAAAGGGGAAGCCCCUCAUCAGAUCUCAUUGAGCAGGAACCUGGAUCUGGGAUGCUGAAGAACAGCCGGAGUAAUGUGACCCCUGUCACUCAGAGGUCACCAGCUCCAAGCACACGCAGCAUGACCUCAGUCAGCAGUAAAGAGCAUGGUUUUGAAAAUUCCAUUGGUUUGUCUGCCACUGAAUGCACCUCUGAGGAGUUCACAAAGAGUCAUCGGAGAAACACGUCCAGCACACCUUCCAUAGCAGUGUCUGGGACCUCCCUCUCCUCAGACCGGAGUCGAUCUGAGUUACAUUUGAGUGAGUCAUUUACAGAAGACUUAGAGGAUACUGUGAGCCUAAGAAGCAGGUCUGUCCCUGGGGCUUUGGACAAAGACUUGAACUCCUUGGAAGAAGAGACUCAAAAAGGUGUUGAUGAUUUAGUGUCCUCCCAGUUUUCUGCAAACACCCACAGUCUGGCAAGUGGCCUGUCAACUAAUUCUCAAGCAGGCUCUGACAGGAAGUGGACCUACCUAAAUGUGCCUGAUGCUGAUUCAGACACUACAAGCCUUAACAGCAUGAUGAGUGUUUACAGUGAGACAGGAGACUAUGGCAAUGUGAAGGUCAGUGGUGAAAUCCUUCUCCACAUCAGCUACUGCUACAAAACUGGCGGGCUCAACAUUUUUGUCAAGAAUUGCAGAAAUCUGGCCAUAGGAGAUGAAAAGAAACAGAGGACAGAUGCUUAUGUCAAGUCAUACCUUCUUCCUGACAAGUCUCGAAACAAUAAGCGCAAGACCAAAAUCAGAACAGGCACGAAUCCAGAAUUCAAUGAAACACUAAAGUAUACCAUCAGCCAUACCCAGCUGGAAACAAGAACCUUGCAGCUCUCAGUCUGGCACUAUGAUCGAUUUGGACAUAACAGCUUCCUCGGAGAGGUGGAGAUUCCUUUUGACUCAUGGAACUUUGAAAAUCCAUGUGAUGAAUGGUUUGUGCUUCAGCCCAAGGUGGAAUUUGCUCCUGAUAUUGGCCUUCAGUACAAAGGAGAGCUGACUGUUGUUUUACGAUACAUUCCUCCAGAGGAAAGUGCCAUGCUUCCACUAGGACAACUUCAAGGAAAAAAAGCCUCCAAAAAGGGAAAGAAAAAGGAGUCAUCUGUAAUCUCUGGAGGAAUACUAGAAGUGUUCAUCAAAGAAGCAAAGAAUUUGACAGCAGUGAAAUCAGGAGGCACUUCUGACAGCUUUGUGAAGGGCUACCUGCUCCCUGAUGAUAGCAAAGCCACCAAGCACAAAACUGUGGUCAUAAAAAAGAGUGUAAACCCUCAGUGGAAUCAUACUUUCAUAUUCAGUGGGUUGUAUCCCCAAGAUAUAAACAACGUUUGUCUCGAGCUUACUGUCUGGGACAAGGAGGCCUUUGCCAGCAACAUCUUUCUAGGAGGAGUUCGUUUGAAUUGUGGAAGUGGUGUGAGUCUUGGAAAAAACGUGGAUUGGAUGGACUCUCGAGGGGAAGAGCAAAGGCUUUGGCAGAAGAUGGCUGAAAACCCUGGAACUCCCAUAGAGGGAGUACUUAUGCUCCGGGCCAGCAUGGGGAAGUGUAGGCUCUGAAGAGACAAGUUCUUUAGGAUUGAGGCCUCUAGGAAUUGUCUGGCUGCCAUUUCUAAUGAAUAGCAGGAUGAGACUUUGGAUUCUGCUUCCCUGCCAUUUUUCACCUGGAGGGAAUGGGACUUCAGGGGUGAGAUGAUAGUGGUAUGAACCUUUAGGGUCAUCUUGCUGUGUUCCAAAAAACACCAAGUACUUUUACUCUUUGAAUAUGAUGGUACACAGCUGUAAUGCCAGGACUCUGGGAAGCUGAGACAAGAAGAUUGCAAGUUUGAGUUCAAACUCAGAAAAUUAGUGACGCAGCAAUGCCCUGCCUCAAAAAAUAAAGAAGACUGGCUGUGUAGCUCUGUGCAUAGGCCCUGAGUUCAAUCCUCAGUACCCGCCACCAAAUAAAAGAGUACUUCUCUAUGUCUGUGGACUAGGGCCUCUAUGAAUGGGCAACAGAAAGUGGAUCACACUCUUCUGCCAAUGAAAAAUUGUGCAACGAUUCAUACAGUUUAUGUCAUCAUGUAAAUAGUGGAAGCUUAUUUGAAACUAUGGUUAAGAUUGAGGGGCACCAAACCUUUUUCUAAUUAUGAGUUUCUUUAUAUUUCCUCAAAUAGCUAAAAAGAAAGGAGACCACCAAGAAGCAGAAAUCCCUGUGAUCCAAAUAAGGCAUGAUAAGAAUUGUUGCUGGGCCACAGGCUGGUCCUGUUAUGGCAGCAAACUUGGGGAUUGACCAUGUAGUGUUCCAAGAUAGAUCAACAGGGCUUCUAAGUAGUGAGUGUAUAAUUUAUUAUCUAAAUCAGGCUACUUUUGAGAGUGAAAGAAACUAAAUAUACAUCUAAACAAUGACGUAAACUAACAAAAUGAUCUGGGAAGAUUGAGAUGUUGGAUUACCUUACUGAGAGAACUCUGUUAUAAACCCUUAUUUUAUAAAAUAUUUUAAGCCAUUAACUAUAAGAUAAUAAGAAAUAAUGGUCGACAUAUUGUUUAUUGAAGAGACCAGUUGAAUUUAAAAGGAGUUACUCUAUCUGCUGUUUUAUGCCUCUUCUCUGUUUGCCCUCACCCUUUCAUUUUCUCUUUCCUUGAGUUCUUGUUGCCUUCUUUUUGCAAUGGUUAGCUAUUGCCAUAAUAACGCUGAAUAAUAAACCACU